UGGUGGAAGACCUCCGUCGCUCAUCGGAAGCGAGCUGCUUGCCAAGCCAAACCUGGCCCAACGUAGAAACAUCCCAAUCCAUUACAAUCAUCCGAUAUAAAAAUUCCAGUGAUCCUUUUCCCUUUUUUGACGAUAGUGCAGAUGUUUUAAACCUAUUGACUGGGCUUAAUCUUGCUCGGGUUUGGCCUAGUCACGAGCUGCUCUUUUUUCAUUUUUAAUUCGAGUUUUAUCAUUUUCGUCGAGAGUGGAGACUGGAGAACGCCUUCUUCGUCACAACAACCGAGCUGAUGCUCAGUCAAGAAGCGCGAAACACCGCAUGAGCACACUGCUCACCGAGACAUGUACCCAACUCAGCACCGACACGCUGGGCCGCCUCUGUAAGUAACAGGAGCCCGGCGGAUCCCUCAACUCCGACGCCUUCCACCGCAUUCCUCCCCCCUCCAUUGCCGGCAGAUCCGACCUCACUCAGUAAACCCGCGAUCUCUCUCGUCGACAAUGUCUUCGGUGUUCCUCCACCAGAGGCCGAUUCAGACCACGCUCUCGAACCCCUCGUCGCUGUCCCCUCGCUUCUCGAAUUUCACCCAGAGGCCCAUCACGAUCUUCAGCCGCACGGGCCUCCUCGUCCUCCUCUCCCUCAUGGUCAUCCUCGGCGUCUUCCUCCCCUGGUCGGAGCUGCCCGAGGGGCUCUUCUCCAGCACCAGGCCCGCUCUCACCAAGUGGCGGAGCUACACCCUCGCCCAGGCUGCUUCCUUCGUGGCCAAGAACGGGACCCUGAUCGUGUGUGCCGUCAGCGAGCCCUAUCUCCCGUUCCUCAACAACUGGCUCAUCGGCAUCGCCAGGCAGAGGCACCACGAGAAGGUGCUCGUCAUUGCCGAGGACUACACCACCCUGUAUCGUGUCAACGAGAAGUGGCCCGGCCACGCCGUUCUCAUUCCUCCUGUCGUGGACACCCAAACUGCCCAUAAGUUCGGUUCUCAGGGAUUCUUCAACUUCACCUCGAGGAGACCACGUCACCUGCUGAACAUUGUGGAGCUUGGGUACAAUGUUAUGUACAAUGAUGUUGAUAUGGUUUGGCUUGCCGACCCAUUUCCUUAUCUGGAAGGAAAUCAUGAUGUUUACUUCACUGAUGACAUGGCUCCUGUCAAACCUCUGAACCACUCUCAUGAUCUCCCACCUCCAAAUAAGAAAGGGCGGACUUACAUAUGUAGCUGCAUGAUCUUCCUGCGCCCCACCCCGGGAGCAAAAUUGGUGUUGAAGACAUGGAUCGAGGAACUUGAUGCUCAGCCUUGGUCAAGAGCUAAGAAAGCAAAUGAUCAGCCUGCUUUUAACUGGGCCUUGAUGAAAACUACUAAACAGAUGGAGCAUUCAAAAGAGGAUAAGGUAGACCUUUACUUGCUUCCGCAGGCAGCUUUCCCGACAGGGGGCCUAUACUUCAAGAACAAGACGUGGGUGAAGGAAACAAAGGGGAUGCAUGUCAUAAUACACAACAAUUACAUCUUAGGAUUCGAGAAGAAGAUAAAGCGGUUCCGUGAUUACGGGUUUUGGUUGGUGGAUGAUUACUACUCCGAGUCCCCCCUUGGCAGAUUAUGAGAACACCCACGAUUCCUUUUGCUCUCACGACCAUUCGAAGUGCAGGCGUCUCCACGGGCUAAUUGCUAGUUGGACUGCUCCAUGCCCAUCAACUGCUACCAGCCCUAGUUUCCCUCGUCAGCACUCUUUGGUUCUUCAGGAUUCUGCUGGGCGUUCCUUUUGCCAAUUGAUUGGACGCUGAAGAGGAGGGUCCAUCACAAAGAGUGACUGGGAUUCCUACAUUACUUUCUAUGUUCCAUUGCACCAUACUGAAAUUUUGAUGACUGAAAUGACCGAGGGAUGCCGAUCGAGCUUAGUGCAAACUGCCCAGAGCCUAGUGAGGUUAGUAAUGUAUUGUUGGCUAAUUCUUUUGAGUGGACUAUGUGAUUGAUGUUGGAAUUUCACGUCGAUGUAUUCAUCUUCUGAUUACGAUUUUUGGCUGAAAGAAAAGAUUCUCGUUGCCUGUUAGUG